GCCACCCAGGCGCCCCUGGGCUGUAUUUUAGCUAUAGAAUCAUUUUUAGAGACACAGUCGUUGAAGCAGGUGGAUGAAAUCACCCUAAAUUGUGUGCAAAUGAGAAGAAAAGAAGGCUAGGGAUUUUACGUCAGUGUUUAAGGGGUAGAUAGAAGUGGAUUUGGCAAAGACAGUGGAAGAGAGUGAAUGGGAUCAGUGGUAGGACGACAGAAAAACCAGGAAAGUAUCUCCGAGAGGCCAAAGUGUAUCUCUUGCUGUAUAACAGGCCACUCCCAAAUUUAGUGGUUUGAAAUAACAGCCAUUUAUUAUUUCUCAUGAGUCCAUAGGCAAGCAGGGCCAGUCUGCUGAUCUUUGCAGAGCUUACUUCUGUGUCUGCAGACAGCUAGUAGGUUGGUGGGGGUGGGCUAGUGUAAGAUGGCUUUGGCAGGGAUGACUCGUUUCUCUCCCUUAUGUCUUUCUCAGCUCCCCAGCAUGUUAGCCUGCAUGUGGUCUCAUAGUACUAGCAGGGAUGAAGAGUGGAAGCAGAAAUGCUUCAGCACUUUUUCCAAGCUCUGCUGCAUUACAUUUGUUCUUGUCUCAUUGACCAAAGCAAGUCACAUGUCUGAGCUCAGAGUCAGCUUGCGCUGAGCACCACCAAAGGACAUGGAUACAAGAGAGGCAUGAACCAUUGGGGCCGUUCAUUCAUCCUCUCACACCAAGAGAGAAGAAAAAAGUUGUGAUGGGGGCGCCUGGCUGGCUCAGUCAGUAGAGCAUGUGACUCUUGAUCCUGGGGGAGUGAGUUUGAGCCCCAUGUUGAGUGUGGAGAUUACUUAAAAAUGAAUUACAAAAGUUAGGAUGGGAACAGGCUAUUGGAUUAGUAAUUAAGAGGUCAUGAAUGGCCUGAGCCAGAGCUGAUAGAAUAAAGUAUUGUUGAGGUAGAAGCUUGAUUCCAGUUAUUUGGUGGAUGAAUAGAAAUCGAGGAAGAAGAGACACUAAAAGUAUCUGGUAAAAGGCAGAUGGAGCGUAGGCACAGAGGGCAGGUAUGGUGGUUGUUCAGGGUAGAUUAAGGAAAGGUGCCAUCUGCCCUCCUCCCCUCCUGGAAAAACUGGAACAGAUCUGUAGGCUGAGGGAAAGAGCUGGAAAAUGGAGAGUUAAAAAUAUGUGAGUGACAAGUGACAAAAACAUGUGACACUGGUGACGUCGGUUUAGAAGCAAGGAGAGACCAGCUUUUUAAUAUACUGAAUUUGUUUUAUUAUCAUUUGUCUUCAUCGUUCCAGUCUGAAUGAAAUACCUGAUCUUUAUUUUGAAAAUAAAAUUUGAGUGUGCUUUAUUUGUUUUAAAAUGGUAUUUUUUCUGCUUGUGUAAGUUUCAGAACAUUCGGAAAAUACUAUGUAUUGUAUAGGGAAAAAAAUGACCUCUUAUCUAGGGACACACACCCUGUUUUUUCUUUUACAAAAUUUGGAUUGCACUCAAAAUACUGUUUUUAUGUGUAACACUUAAACCUUAAUUAUGACUUAUUUAUGACUUUUUAUAUAAAGAAGAUUUAAGUUAUAGUUUUAUAUAAAGAAGAUUUAAAUGCUUAGUAAAACUUGCCUUAACUCUCUAGUUCAAGGAAAUGAUUUUUUUUCCGACCACUGACCCACAGACAAAAAUAACACUUAACACAAUGCAUAUAAAGAACUCUUAGUUGGACCAGAUGAAGGCCAGGGUGGGGGGUGGAUUUUAAGGACAAUCUUAAGCAUUUUUAUUUACCUGUUUUUUAAAUGUAAUACAGGGCAUGACAACCAAGUGCAAUGUGUGAACUUUGAUUAGAUCCUGGAUGGGCAGAACAACAGGCUGCUUCCUUGGGACUACUACAGUUUCCUAUCCUUAAUGCUUCUGUGGAUGAAAACUGCCAGAAUGUAACUUAUAAGGCUUCUCACAACAUCGGGAUAGCAAUGGAUACUGAGCAGGGUUUGAUUGUCCCUAAUGUGAAAAACGUCCAGAUCUGCUCCAUAUUUGAGAUCGCCACUGAGUUGAACCGCCUUCAAAAAUUGGGCUCUGCAGGUCAGCUCAGUACCACUGAUCUUACAGGAGGAACAUUUACUCUUUCCAACAUUGGAUCAAUUGGUGGUACCUAUGCCAAAGCAGUGAUACUGCCACCUGAAGUAGCAAUUGGGGCUCUCGGAUCAGUUAAGGCCCUUCCCCGAUUUAACCAGGAAGGAGAAGUAUAUAAAGCACAGAUAAUGAAUGUGAGCUGGUCAGCUGAUCACAGAAUUAUUGAUGGUGCUACAAUGUCACGCUUCUCUAAUUUGUGGAAAUCCUACUUAGAAAACCCAGCCUUUAUGCUACUUGAUCUGAAAUGAAGAUUGAUGGGAUAUUACUGAACUUUUUGAGCUUCCAAAGAAUAUGUAGAGCCUAGCUGUGCAACACAUGUUCUUCAUCACAAUUUGUAUUAGAAAUGAUUUGUAUUGUAUAAUUAAGGUUCCAAGGCACAAUAUUUAUCUCUGUUCUGUUAGACAUUUUACUGAAAAUGAAUGAUGGUGUAAGAGUUCUCCUGGGGCUGUCACAUUUUAUAGGUCGUGGUGUCACUUCUUAAUAUGGUGCUGAGGUCUUUGUGUCCAUGGGUUGAAAUUAGCAAGAACAACAAAAUUAACGUUACUAAAGGAGAGACUGCCAUAUCCAGUGUUUACCCUAUUUUUCUUUCUUUUUUUAUUUUAGACUGACCUUAAUGAAACUUGUCAGUUACACUUAGUUGGGAAAAGGAAUUUACAUACAGAAGUAUCUUCCAUUUCCCCACAAUAACGCUAACUGUUGUAUAAAAUAAGUGCAAUUACUUAACCUUUUAAGAUUUCCAUGAUUAUGUUGCUCUGUAGAGAUUGUCUGUAAAUGUCUUUAUAUAAAUUAAUAUCUUUUAAAAGGGAAAAUUAUACGCUAAUCUUAAAAAUGCCCAAUUAUAGGGAUGCUUGGCUGGCUCAUUCGGAAGAACACGCAACUCAAUCUCGGGAGUCGUGAGUUCAAGCCCCACGUUGGGCGUAGAGCCUACUUAAAAAAAAAAAAAAAAGCCCAAUUAUAGUUUUAUAACCAGUAAGGCUAUCAAAAGCGUUUGUUUAAAAUGAAUGUACUUUUAGAAUUUUGGUAAUGUUUUGGUGUUUUGUUAGGGAAAAAAGUUCACCUUGGCAAACUUGCCUCAUGUAAAGAAAGUGCUUUAAAUAUAGCAGCUGCUGACAUUGUUUUACAUUUAGAAGUCUAUUGCCUUUUAACUAUUUUUUAUCUUUCUUGUCUUUAGCUAAAACAUAGGAUAGGAUAAUGUAUUCCAUUCUCCAUAUCCUGAGAAAGAAUGUGAAUAAGAGGAGAGAGAAGAGUCUAAUGGCAACCCUGAAGCCUUUAUGUUGAAGAUGGCAGCCACACAAGAUGGAAGGAGCCAGCAUCUCCAAAUGACUUGGUGGCACAAAGCCUCCCCAGCACCACACCUCAGCACUGAUUGGUUUGGAUGUGAUACAGGUCCUUUUUGAGAUGGCAUCUGUGAUUCAGCUAUUCAGAAUCUAAUGAAGUUGGUGACUCUGUGACAAUGUGGAGAAAUCAUGUCAGAAAAUGCAGUUUGUACUGGGGCUGUCAGUGCUGUGAAGGAAGUUUGGGAAGAAAGAAUAAAGAAACACAAUGAAGACCUGAAGCGAGAGAAGGAAUUUCAACAGAAGCUAGUGCGGAUCUGGGAAGAACGAGUACGCUUAAGCAAGCUAAAAGAAAAGGUCAUCAGGGAAAAUGGAAGAGUCAUUUUGAAGAUAGAGAAAGAGGAAUGGAAGACCCUCCCUUCUUCUCUACUGAAAUUGAAUCAGCUACAGGAAUGGCAACUUCAUAGAACUGGUUUAUUGAAAAUUCCUGAAUUCAUUGGAAGAUUCCAGAACCUCAUUGUAUUAGAUUUAUCUCGAAACACAAUUUCAGAGAUACCUCGAGGAAUUGGACUUCUCACUAAACUUAAGGAGCUGAUUCUUAGUUACAACAAAAUCAAGACUAUCCCCAGGGAAAUAAGUCAUUGUGCCAGCUUGGAGAAACUAGAACUUGCUGUAAACAGAGACAUCUGUGAUCUUCCACAAGAGCUCAGCAAUUUGUUAAGGCUUACGCACCUUGAUUUGAGUAUGAACAACUUUACUACAAUCCCUCUGGCUGUGUUGAACAUGCCUGCUCUUGAAUGGCUCGACAUGGGGAGCAACAGACUUGCACAACUUCCUGAUACCAUAGAAAGAAUGCAGAGUCUACAUACAUUAUGGCUGCAACGGAAUAAAAUAACGUGCUUGCCAGAAACAAUCAGCAAUAUGAAAAAUCUGGGUACUCUUGUACUCAGCAACAAUAAACUGCAAGAUAUUCCAGUGUACAUGGAAGAGAUGACCAAUCUGAGGUUUGUCAACUUCAGAGACAACCCACUGAAACUGGAAGUAACACUUCCUCCCAGUGAAAGCAUAGAUGAAGAAGAGGAACGGGAAUUAUUUGGCCUUCAGUUUAUGCAUGCAUAUAUACAGGAGUCCCGGAGAAGAGCAGAUAACCAAGUCAACUGUUCAACUACUUUACCAAGCUCUAUAAAUACUGAUGGAUAAUAUAACUCAAGAUGCCCUGCUGAAGAGAAUUACUUUGAGAAUUUGGUGAAUUUGCUAACAUUUGGACUUCUAAGUAAAAAACAAAGCUAUAACCGAAGUUCAGUGAGGCCACAACAUUUUUUAAAGUUCAUAUCUCUGCUACGUAAAGUAUAUUUUAUGAAUAUAAAAAUACAAUUAAAAAAUUUUUUUUUGGUGGAAGACA